AUGCAAAACAAUUCUACAACCAACUAUGUAUACAAUGGGGUCAAUGGCAGCUAUGAUUUGGACUUUCCACCAUGCACAGAAAAUGUGUGCUCCUUUUUCCCCAUACGAAUACUCAUCCCACUGACCAUAAUCUGUCUUGUCAUAAUGGUGGCUGGGCUCAUUGGAAACACCAUUACUAUCCUUAUAAUCACAAGAUAUAAAGAAAUGAACACAACCACAAACUUCUACUUAUCCAGCAUGGCAGUGUCCGACAUGGUCAUUCUCCUCUGCUUGCCUUUUGACUUGUACCGUCUAUGGAGGUCUAUACCUUGGAUCUUUGGAGGAUUUCUUUGUAAAUUUUUAUGUUUCAUUAGUGAAGCUUGUACAUACGCCACCAUUCUACACAUCACCGCUUUGAGCAUUGAGAGAUAUCUUGCCAUAUGUUUCCCUCUCAAAGCCAAAGUCUGUAUUACCAAGAGAAGGGUGAAGAUGGUCAUCGUUCUUCUAUGGGUUAUUGCUUUGUUGUCUGCUGCUCCUCUUUAUAACCUUAUUGACAAUGUGCAAUUUGUCAACUACACAGAUUUCUCCAAAAUCAGCUGGGAGUGUAAAUAUACCCAGUAUGCCAUAGAAUCUGGACUUCUUAAGGUCAUGAUGUGGGUGACAACUGUCUAUUUUUUCUUUCCUAUGUUAUGUCUCACUGUUCUCUAUGGCUUUAUUGGUAAAAAGUUGUGGAAAAGCAAAAACACUCUGCGAGGUCCUAAUGCAGCAAAUCGAGAAAGAUGCCACAGACAAACAGUGAAAAUUCUGGAAACAUGGUGCCCAAAGUUUGCAAAGUCCUGGACAAAAAGCACCUUAAUAACAGAUAAAAAGUGA